GAGAGAGAGAGAGAGAGAGAGAGAGAGAGAAACUGUGAGCGUUAAUGGCGGAGGGGAAGAGAGAGAGAAGAGAGAGUAGCAGCGAAGAGAGCGUGAAGCUAUUCGUGGGUCAAGUACCGAAGAACAUGACGGAGGUUCAGCUUCUCACAAUGUUCAGAGAGUUUGCUCUCGUCGACGAGGUCAACAUCAUCAAAGACAAAACCACGCGCGCCUCGCGUGGUUGUUGCUUUGUGAUUUGUCCGACGAGGGAAGAGGCAGACAAGGCAGUCAAUGCGUGUCACAACAAGAAAACUCUAUCUGGGGCAUCUAGCCCGUUGCAAGUGAAGUAUGCUGAUGGCGAGUUGGAAAGACUAGAACACAAGCUCUUCGUCGGCAUGCUUCCAAAGAAUGUUUCUGAAGCUGAAGUUUCUGCUCUCUUCUCUACAUACGGAACUAUAAAGGACUUACAGAUAUUACGAGGCUCUCAGCAAACUAGUAAAGGAUGUGCAUUUUUGAAGUAUGAGACAAAAGAACAAGCCAUUGCAGCCUUGGAUGCCAUCAAUGGAAAGCAUAAAAUGGAGGGAUCUAGUGUUCCUUUGGUUGUCAAGUGGGCAGAUACUGAAAAGGAAAGGCAAGCUCGGAGGGCUCAGAAAGCUCAAUCUCAGGCUUCUAAUGUGCCAAAUACUGAUUCACAACAUCCUUCAUUAUUUGGAGCUUUACCAUUGGGUUAUGUUCCCCCAUAUAAUGGAUUUGGUUAUCAGGCUCCCGGAUAUGGACUGAUGCAAUAUCGCUUGCCACCAAUGCAGAAUCAACCUGGAUUUCAUAGUAUGAUUCCUACGGUAAACCAAGGAAAUGCAUUGCGUGGAAUUGCACCUGACCUUGGCCCCAGUAUGAACCCUAGAAAUUAUGCAAUCCCUCCUGCUAGUUAUAUGGGAUCUACUUAUCAUCUUCAGCAUCCCCUGGCAUAUCCUGGAGGAAUGUUCAGCCAUCGGCCUUUGAGUAGUUCACCUCGGUCAGUGCCACCUGCAGUUUUAAGCAGUAACUCUGCAACAUCUUCCAGCACAGGAAAAGGUUCUGGGGGUCAGGUUGAAGGUCCACCUGGCGCUAAUCUAUUUAUUUAUCACAUACCUCAAGAAUAUGGAGAUCAAGAACUUUCAACUGCUUUUCAGGGAUUUGGUAGGGUCUUGAGUGCUAAGGUUUUUGUUGACAAAGCAACUGGUGUUAGCAAAUGUUUUGGAUUUGUUAGCUAUGACUCACCAGAGGAUGCUCAAUCCGCUAUUAGCAUGAUGAAUGGAUUUCAAUUAGGUGGCAAGAAAUUAAAGGUUCAACUAAAGAGAGAUAACAAACAGACUAAACCUUGUUGAGCUGAGGGCAAGUCAAGGAGGAAAAGCAGAAUUCUUAAUGAUUUGUGGUCGCAUGCAACCUGGUCAUAUUCACUGCAAUAUCAUUAUUUGGGGUGGACUAGCGAUUAAGUGUGCUCCAAUGGGUUGCUCCAUCCAACUUGUAAUUGCCUCAUGGGAUUGAAAUCCCAGAAACUUGUAAUUCAUGGUGCAUUUUUGUGCCAAUACAAUUUGUAAUUUGUGUAUCAUGGAAGUACAUUAGACAUUCAUAAUUAAUUUAUUGAUUUUUCCCCAGAAAACAUCUUUUAGUCA